AUGUCAUUGGGAUGUUUCAGAACCAAGAAUUAUAAAGUUACAUGUUUAACAGAACAAAUAUCACAUCAUCCACCAGUUUCAGCUUUUUGUUAUCAUAGUGAAGAUAAAGGAAUAACUGCUUGUGGAGUAGAUCAACUUUCAGCAAGAUUUACCAGAACUUCUGUAAAAAUUGGACCAGGUGAACAAAAUAAAGGAAUUUACAUUAAUCUGAGUGAAAGAAGAAAUGAAGAAUAUUUAUUAACUCAUUCUGUCGCCAGUGUGCAAGAUUGGUUAAAAGCUCCACUAUAUGUAGUUGUUGCUGGAAGCUGCAUUGUAACUUGUCCAAAGACAAAAUUGAAAGCAGUAUUAGAAUAUAAAGAAGAGAUAUGGAAAGGAUAUUCCCAAUUCCAAAAAAAAGUCAAACCAAUUUCAAAACAAAGACCACUUGAAUCAUGUAAUGUUUGGAAACCUGUCACAACAGUUUUAUUUCAAAAAGACUAUACAAAGGCUACAAAAGAGAAACAAAUAAUAGAAGAAAGGCAAAGACAAAAGGUUGCAGAAUAUAAAUCUAAUAAAGAAUUCAAUGCUGCUUAUUUUAAAUUACCAAUUAUUGAUGGUAAAAAUACAGUCGUUGUUUCAGGUGGUGGUGUUGUGGUCACAGUUUUUGGAGGUGGGGUUGUUGUCGAUGUUAUCUCCGGGGUUAUCUCCGGGGUUGUUGCGGUAGUUGAAGAAGUUGCAUUUAUCGAAACGGAUAGAGAAGUAGCGUUAGGCAUUAUAAUAGUAGGAAAGAUUUCAACAAAAGGAACAGUAAUAGAACGAGGAAAAUGUUUUUUUGGAAUGAUAGAAAUAGGUACAGUCAUUGUCACUACUUCAAAUAAUAAUGUACAUAUACCUACAAACAAAGAAAUUGAAGACAAAAUAAAUUAUGGUAAAGUUAAGAAUACUACUCACAAUACAAGAUUCUGGUUGAAAGUUCUGACAGAUGUUAGAACAAAAAUGGGAUACAAUUAUGACAUUAACAAAUCACCAUAUGCACCAACAUCAAUAAAAAAUUGCUUUGCUGCUAUACAUAGAUAUUUACAGGAAAAUUCAAAAAUUUAUCCUGCUCUAGAUCUUUAUGAUGAACAUGGCAAAAUUAAAAAAAUACAAGAUUUAAGCAUAAUCAGACAAAAAAAAUUUGACUCACUUGAAUAUGAUGAAAUUUACCAAAUUUUAACACAUCCUGAGUUAAACAAAGACACACCAUUAUCCUCCACUUACAAAACCUAUUUCUGGUUAUGUUUCUUGUGUAGUUUUUGUGGUGGAGAUGCUCAAAGAUUAAAAUUGACAAAUGUGGAAUUAGCAGCUAUUAAUGGACUGACAAUUACAAUUCCUUGUGAAAAAAACAAUGCUGGCUAUAGUUUGCUGAAAAUUUCUAUAAAAAACUGUAAUAAUGUUCAAAUAAAUCUUCAAAUCACACCAAAAGAUUAA